AUGACGCGUAGACCGUACCGAGCGGAAAAUUCGCGAGACUGGAACCGAUUCUUACCACUACUCAGUCCGCCUCCGCCUUCUGAUCCCACACAGGCUCUCCAUCAUAUGGAGGAUAAGGAAACCUCCAGUGAAGAAGAGUUUAAGUUUCCUUGGGAGUAUCUUGCUGAGUUCACGACCGUUUUCCAUAAAGCAGAAGACGAUUUUGCUUACCACUACGACUGUUGCUUGUCCAGAGUACAACUGAACGACAGAGAGCUUCUUCGGCUUAGCGAAAAGCAGAACUGUGAGCCAGUGGUUGACGACUUAGCUGGAUCACUCGUUGUGAUGAAUGUAGUUGACCCGGAGGAGAUUACUACAGAGAGCGAUUCGUUUCUAGAAGAGAAUUCUAAAAAAGAAAGUCUGAAAAAUUCUGAGCUCACCAAAGAGGCAUGGGCAGAGCUCCCAAAACAGUUUGGUUCUUCAAAAAAAGACCAUAGUAGAUACUUUAAAAGACGAAAAAAGUCGCAUGAAGACGCCCAGAAGUGGUUACGGAAUACUACGUUCGAUGAAUACUGGGGAGAAACGGCUGCCUAUGUCAUCUACCGUACUUGGUACGAGGAUUAUGGGCAAAUCAUGAAUGAAAGCGAUAGGAAGCAACUGGCGAAGCAGAUAGAGGAGUACAAGCCUUUUGCACUGCUGGAUGAGCACAAUGAUGAGAAUAUCUCCAAGUACUUCGGAUUGACCAAGGACGCCAAAUUCUCCACCUAUGAGGAAGCGUUCUCUUUGCAUUCUGAUCUUGUCACCAAGAAAGCAGAGAAAGACUUUGAAUCAUUUCGCGUAGCCAUGACAAGUAAUAGAUGCAAAGCGUUCUUGAGAAAGAUUCACAAAAUGGGAUUUGUGCCGGGGUACGCCGAUGAAGAUAUCAUCAGCCCUAGCACCAAUACGAUUAGUGACGAAGUUGUUCCGAAGAAGAAGACCAAAUCUGAGUCAAAACGUCGGUUCCCCGUGGUAUACGGUGAAGAUGAGAUAUUUAGCGGGGUCAGUUACGAUAUAUGCGAUACCUACGCAGCAUCCAUGAAAGUCGUGCUAGAUAGGUCAGAGAAGACGGUGAAGGAAAGUGAGGCUAGCACCAAUGGUUGUGAAAGUGAAGUAGCUGAACCUUCAGCUGUUGUCGGACCUUCUAACGGCGCGUCAAGAGCUGAGAUUUCGUUCGCAUUUGAUCCGAAUAGGGAACCUCACCUUGUUGCGAAAAAUGCUUUCGACUAUUACAAGGAUGAUGAGGAAAUCAUCAAAUACUGGUACCAGCGGUACAGGCUGUUCUCAAAACUGGACAAAGGAGUUCUCAUGGAUCGUGAGGGCUGGUUCUCGGUAACUCCUGAGCGAAUAGCAGAACAUAUUGCUGAUCGCAUAGUGAGGCGGAAGGAAAUGCUAGUUGUAGAUGCGUUUGCUGGAGUUGGUGGCAACAGUAUCCAGUUGGCUAUCAAAGGAGCGCGUGUAAUAGCAAUCGAUCUUGAUCCAGUGCGAUUGAAGUGCGCCCGAGAGAAUGCUAAGGUAUAUGGCGUUGAAGAUCGCAUCGAAUUUUUGUGCUGUGAUUUCUUCCAUUUUGCAGCCAAAUGGACUAGCGGCUCAGAAAAGUGCGCAGAGGUAGACGCUGUAUUUCUUAGUCCACCAUGGGGAGGACCUGGUUAUUUGAAAUCAGAGGUUUUUGAUCUCGAUGAUCUGACUCCAAACGGUUUUGACAUCUACACCGCCGCAAGUAAAAUGUCUCCAAAUGUAGCAUACUUUUUGCCGAGAAACACAAGCGUGAAAGAGCUGAUAGCACUUAGUGGACCUGGAGGGAGAUGCGAAAUUGAACAAAGCUGUCUAAAUAAAAAGAUCAAAACGUUGACUGUUUAUUACGGCAACUUAGCAGCUCCACGAGGCGAGUAGGACAAGCAUUUACGGUAUGAAAUAACCACUUUCCUCUUCCUUGACCUUUCAUAUUUUUCCGCUAAUUUCUAUACAUGUUUUGCUUGCAUACACCGUUGAAUCAAAUAGGUCACUUUAUACUUCAACGAUUAUUCAUGAAUUGGCACUCAAGCCAAUGAACUAUUUUAUGUGACCAAAUUGAAUCUCAUCACCACUUCUAUUUUUACUCUUCAUACUUGUGAUGCUUACUUACUGUGUCAGAUCAGUAGAAUGCUACGAGCUAUUUGUUAUGUUCUCAUACUUCACUUUCUUAUCUGCUGUACAUAUUGAUUGUUGCGAUUUGACAAUUUUAUUGGUACAUGAAU